AUGUGUACACUUGGGAAGGGUCUGAUCCAGCAGUGUUGUGAUUGUCACAGGUGAUAGCUAGCUCCAGGAUGAUGUUCUACACACAACUCUUCACCUCCAAGAGGGGGCCUCUGGCCAAAAUCUGGUUGGCAGCGCACUGGGAAAGGAAACUCACAAAGGCCCAUAUAUUUGAAUGUAAUUUAGAAACGACCGUCAGAGACAUAAUUUCCCCAAAGAUGAAACUUGGUUUGCGGACCUCCAGUCAUCUGCUUGUUGGUGUCGUGAGGAUCUACUCCAGGAAAGCAAAGUACCUCCUAGCAGACUGCAAUGAUGCCCUGGUUAAAAUUAAAAUGGCAUUCAGACCAGGUCAGACAGAUUUGCCUGUGGAAGGGCUCGAGGCAACACUAAAAGCAAUUACUUUGAUCGAAGAUUUUACUACCUUUGACGCGCAGCUGCCACAUCCAAGUAACAUAGAAGUUGUGGACCACUUUUCACUGAACCAGUGCCGAUCAGAAGAAAUCACGCUCAAAGAAGAUUUUGGAAAUGGCUUUUUGAACGUGGCAGAUUUUGGAGACGAGUGCCAGAGCCACCAGAUCGGGCUGCUGGAUAUGAACUUCCAGAGCUUCGUGCAACACGGAGACGAUUUUGGGGAUGAGCAUAGAGGAUUCAACCUACUCGACUUUCUGACCAUCUCCAGUGAUCUCGCUGAGCCCGCUGACUUCGUCCUAGAGGAGCCGGACAAAGACAGUUCAGAGAUCUCCACGCUCAAUCAUCAACAAGGCGAUGCCAUUUCAUCCGGAGAUGCCGUCACACCGGAGGCGGCGACUCCAACAGAGAAUCAGACCACCCUGCUCGCCAACGACGAGGAGGCCUUCGCGCUGGAACCCAUGACCGUCACUACCAACUCUGAGAAGAAAAGGGGGAAGAGGAGACGCAGGUUGGUGGUUGACCAGGCCAAAGAGCUGACUAAUGAAUGCAUCAGAAGACAGCUGCUGGACGAUUCUGAUCUGCUGGCCCCGUUGGACAUGGCCCCUCCGACUGUGCAGCUGAUGCAGUGGAAGGAGAGCGGCAGCGCGGAUAAACUCUUCACACGGCCGUGUUCAAACGUAGCAGCUCCACAGAUAAAGAAGCUCUUUGCCAGAAGUGUUUUCCAGGUGAAGAGUCACGCAGCGUGCGAGGAGGCUGAGGUGAUGCGUUGGGACGGACGAGAAGUUGAGACGGGCUUCAGCACGGUCACUGCAGACAGCGCGAGUGUCCUGGAUUCAUCGAUGUAUCUCGACAGAACAUGCGACGCUGAGAUGGCCGUCCUCGGACACUUCGACGAGGAGCAUAUGGAGGAUUACUCUGAGCGUGCGCACGAUAAAAACAGUUCGCUGUUGACGCAUCCAGAGCUUCCGUCGGACGACUCCAUGUUCGUCCAUCCGUCCUGCGUGCGGCAGGAGACGCAGUCGACUCCCCUCCACACUCAGUCUAUGCUGGACAGCCAGGACUUUGAGGAGAGGAGGAUAACCAGACGUACACAGAAGCUUCUGGACAUUCUAAAAAGCUGCAGGGACACCACGUUCAGCCUGGAGGCCCUCUGCAGGGGGGGGGGUCGCUCGCAGGCUGCGACCACUUUCCUCUGUCUCCUGCUCCUGAAAAAACAAAACGCCCUCCACCUGCACCAGAGAGCCCCCUACGAGGACAUCGUAGCCACACCUGGACCCAAUUUCUACAAUUAGUU